CAGUCUGAGGACCCCGGGGGAGGCUAACGUAGCUUAGCGUAGCGGCGCCGGUGGAGUGGCUGUGUGUGUCUCCGCGUAUUUUGUUGAUUUAAAACGAGAAAUAUUUCGUUUUAUCGCGUUUUAAUUCGACAGCGUUGGCUCGAAGGAGGACAGUGACGGGACCGGGAGGCGGUUAAAGCACCUUGUCGCUUGUUUUUUAGGGAGGCCGGCUGGUUUCCCGUCGCGGCUUGUUCGCCGAGCGGACCGUUGUUGUUGUGUUGUCGGGGGGACUCGCCGGGACUCGCCGGGCUCGUCUGCGGCUGAAGCGUCCGAUCGAAGCCACAUCUGAACCGAGAACAAGCCGGACACGCAGCGCCGUGGACUAAUCCUGCGAGCUGAGAUGAGUAACGUUGUCCUGGAAUCGGUGGACCGAGUGGAGCUCUGUGAGAGUCUCUUAACCUGGAUCCAGACGUUUGGAGUGGAGGCGCCGUGUAAAACAGUGGAGGAUCUGACCAGCGGAGUGGUCAUGGCUCAAGUCCUGCAGAAAAUAGAUGGCGUGUACUUCAGUGACAGCUGGAUAAGCCGCAUUAAGUCAGAAGUUGGUGAUAAUUGGAGGCUGAAGAUCAGUAAUCUAAAGAAAAUACUGAAAGGUAUUCUGGAUUACAACCGUGAGAUCUUGGGGCAGCAGAUUAAUGACUUCACUCUUCCUGACGUUAAUUUGAUUGGUGAACACUCAGAUGCGGCCGAGUUGGGUCGGAUGCUGCAGCUUAUACUGGGCUGCGCCGUCAACUGUGAACAGAAACAAGAGUACAUCCAGACCAUCAUGAUGAUGGAGGAAUCCGUGCAGCAUGUUGUCAUGACGGCCAUCCAAGAGCUCAUGAGCAAAGAGACCCCAGUGGCUGGAGGAAAUGACUCGUAUGUUGAUCUGGACAGACAGCUGAAAAAGACGCUGGAGGAGCUGAACGACGCUCUGGCCUCUAAGGAGGAAAUCGCCCAGCGCUGCCACGAGCUGGACAUGCAGGUUGCGGCUCUACAGGAGGAGAAGGGCAGCCUGUUGGCUGAGAAUCAGAUCUUGAUGGAGCGGCUCAAUCAGUCCGACUCCAUCGAGGACCUGAACAGUCCUGCAGGGCGGCGACACCUUCAGCUGCAGACGCAGUUGGAGCAGCUUCAGGAGGAGACCUUCAGGUUAGAGGCGUCCAAAGAUGACUACCGGAUCCGCUGCGAAGAGCUGGAGAAGGAGCUUCUGGAGGUCAAGAGUCAGAACGAGGAAUUGACCUCUCUGGCAGAUGAGGCUCAGUCCCUAAAAGAUGAAAUGGACGUGCUGAGACACUCGUCUGAUAAAGUGUCAAAGCUGGAGGCUCAGGUGGAGUCCUAUAAGAAGAAGCUCGAAGAUCUGGGGGAUUUGCGGCGGCAGGUGAAGCUGCUGGAGGAGAAGAACACCAGCUACAUGCAGAACACGGUCAGCCUGGAGGAAGAACUGCGCAAGGCCAACGCAACCCGUGCUCAGCUGGAGACCUACAAGAGACAGGUGGUCGAGCUCCAGAACAGACUCUCCGAGGAAUCCAAAAAGGCGGAUAAGAUGGAGUUUGAGUGCAAGCGUCUGAAAGAGAAAGUGGACUCACUUCAGAAGGAGAAAGACCGUUUGAGGACUGAGAGGGACUCGCUAAAGGAGACAAUAGAGGAACUGCGCUGUGUUCAGGCACAAGAGGGUCAGCUCACCUCAGUAGGACUGGUUCCACUGGGCAGUAACGAAGGAUCUGAUUCGCUAGCUGCUGAAAUAGUCACUCCAGAAAUACGGGAGAGGCUGAUCCGUCUGCAGCAUGAGAAUAAAAUGCUGAAGCUGAAUCAGGAGGGUUCUGAUAAUGAGCAGAUCGCUCUACUGAAGAGCCUCCUGGAGGACGCAAACGCCAGGAAGAACGAGCUGGAGACCGAGAACAGGCUGGUGAAUCAGAGGCUGUUGGCAGGUCAGAGUCAGGUGGAGGAGCUACAGAAGAGUCUUCAGGAGCAGGACUCUAAGGCUGAUGAUUCUGUUCUGCUGAAGCGCAAAUGCGAGGAACAUUUGGAUAAAUUGAGGGAUGCGUCCAAUGAACUGCAGAAAAAGAACAACAUCAUUGAAGACCUGGAGACCAAAUAUAGCUCAAGUGGUCAAAAGAUUGAAGAACUGGAGGAAGCUUUGAAAAAGAAGGAUGAAGACAUGAAGCAGAUGGAGGAGAGAUAUAAGAAAUAUCUGGAGAAAGCCAAGAGCGUCAUUCGGACCCUGGACCCCAAACAGAACCAAGGCUCCGCUCCUGAGGUGCAGGCCCUUAAGAACCAGCUACAGGAGAGAGAGAGGAUGCUGCACUCACUGGAGAAAGAAUACGACAAGGCGAAAUCUCAGAGAGACCACGAGGAGAAACUGAUCGUGUCCGCCUGGUACAACAUGGGAAUGGCUCUACAGAAGAAGGCGGCGGAGGACCGAUUGGCGAGUACAGGUUCCGGUCAGUCUUUUCUGGCCCGACAGCGACAGGCCACCAGCACGCGCCGCUCUUACCCUGGCCACGUCCAGCCGGCCACAGCCAGGUAGAGCAGCCGCCCCCUCUCGCCAUGGCUACCCUCACUACGGCAACACUGUAGCCGAUCAGGACGUGUUUCUUCCCUUAAGCCCCACCUCCAAGCUCUCUUCCUCUUCCUCCCUCUCCUCACCUUCCUCUCCCGCCUGAACGCUUUAAAGUUGCCCAUGUCGUCACAGGGUAUCCCAGCCCAUCCCAGCCCAUCCCAGCCCAUCCCAGCCCAUCCUGUUUACAGUCUUUUUCAAGACUUUCUUGUUUUCGUUUUUCUGCUUCUGUGUUAAACUUUUCCUUUCCUCUCUGUUCCGCACAACCUGCGGGGUUUUAAGAAGAGAUGCUAAUGGAGUAGCAUAGCAUUACGCUUUGCUUUAUUUUUUUAUGAAGAGAAGCGAAAACGUUCUCUCUUUAGGCGGAUGCUGCGAAAACGUUCUCUCUUUAGGCGGAUGCUGCGAAAACAUUCUCUCUUUAGGCGGAUGCUGCGAAAACAUUCUCUCUUUAGGCGGAUGCUGCGAAAACGUUCUCUCUUUAGGCGGAUGCUGCGAAAACGUUCUCUCUUUAGGCGGAUGCUGCGAAAACGUUCUCUCUUUAGGCGGAUGCUGCGAAAACGUUCUCUCUUUAGGCGGAUGCUUUGGGCUUUCUGAUGAGCCCUUAUUCAUCACGAGCACUCCUCUCGACAGCGCAUGAUCGAGUCCGUUUCAGGAAGCUGUCUGAGGGGCUGCUGAGCUGAAGCUGAACUCUUCCUCUGUUAGACAAGCUUGGAGCCUCUUAGAAUUCUGCUUAUAUACGAACAGUUUGGCCAGAAAUCAUUCACACGUUUUUCCCUCUUUACCAGACUGUAGCCGAACAGCCAAAAUCCAGGGUGAUUCAGAAGGAUUCAUCCCAUUUCACAAUGAUUUAUCUCACUGUAAAUCAUUACAGACCAAUGCACGUUACCAUUGGGUGUAAGGCAGGAGAUACGCCUGGACUGGUCAGAUCAGUGCAGUGAACUCUAAAUGGUGUAAAUGAGCGUAAAGUUUAUUAUGUAGUUCUACAAGGUCUCAGUCUGAACCUCCUCCAGCUGUACGGACGACAUCAACACCACA